AUGCUGGGUUCAGGAUUAAAUCUCGCAGGUCAAUCUUUUCAAAGCGUCUCGUCUGCCGCAAGGUUUGGCGAAUCGUCCCCUUAUCAUCCGAAUGCUCCGAUUAAUGCAUACCCACGUUCACUUUUGGAGCAUGUUGUCAGCUUGAAUAUCGACCACCAGCCUGCUUACGUGCGAAAUACCGGGAUAAUUUGUACAAUCGGUCCAGCUUGUCGUACUGUCGAGAUUUUGCAAAAUAUGAUCACAGCCGGGAUGAAUAUCGCCCGCCUAAAUUUUUCACAUGGUAGUCACGAAUACCAUGCAGAAACUAUUCAGUUAGUUCGAGAAGCUGCUUCAACUUUGAAACCAUUCGCACGACCAGUGGGUAUUGCCUUGGAUACGAAAGGUCCUGAAAUUCGCACUGGACUCAUUAAUGGGAGUGGAACCGCUGAAGUUACUCUUGAAGUUGGACAAAAGAUACGUGUGACUACUGAUUCUGCAUAUAUGGAAGCAUGCAGUGGAUCUAUCCUAUAUGUAGAUUACCCAAACAUCGUUCAUGUUCUGUCUGAAGGCUCGAAGAUUUUCGUUGACGAUGGUUUAAUCAGUUUAGUAGUUAACAGCAAAGGUCCUAAUUAUCUUGAGUGCGAAGUCGAAAACGGUGGAAAGCUUGGGUCUCGAAAAGGGGUUAAUCUUCCUGGAGCUCGAGUAGACUUGCCUGCGGUAUCGGAAAAAGACAAACAAGACCUCCAUUUUGCAGUCGAGCAUGGCGUUGACAUGGUUCUUCUGGGUGAAAAAGGUGCCUACAUAAAAAUCAUUGCGAAAAUUGAAAACCAUGAAGGUGUUCAAAGAUUUAAUGAAAUCCUUGAAGUUGUUGAUGGAAUUAUGGUGGCUCGUGGUGAUCUUGGGAUAGAAAUCCCAGCGGAGAAGGUAUUUUUAGCACAAAAAAUGAUGAUCGGUCGCUGUAACCAAGUUGGUAAACCUGUAAUAUGCGCUACACAAAUGUUAGAGUCAAUGACUACUAAACCCCGUCCAACUCGAGCUGAAUCCAGCGAUGUUGCUAAUGCUGUUCUUGAUGGUGCAGACUGUGUCAUGCUUUCAGGUGAAACAGCCAAAGGACUAUAUCCUCUGGAAACUGUACAAACUAUGCAUCGUAUUUGUGUGCAGGCUGAAGCAGCAAUGUUUCAUGGACAACUAUUUGAAGAUUUGAAGAUUUCACUAUGUGGUCCAACAGGGAUGGCUCAUACUACAGCUAUUGCCGCUGUAGAAGCUGCAAAUCGUUGUAACGCUGCUGCUAUCAUUGUGAUUACAACUUCUGGUCGAUCAUGCCAACUGAUCUCACGUCACAGACCUCGCUGUCCAAUUCUCGCUGUUACACGUCAUGAAGUUACUGCUCGUCAAGCCCAUCUUUUUCGUGGUGUUCAUCCUUUAUUCUAUGGUGAAGCACGUACUAAGGAAUGGGAUGAAGAUAUGGACCGUAGGAUUCGUCAUGCCAUCGAUUAUGGGCGUAAGCGUUCAUUCCUCCCUCCGGGAUCCUUUGUGAUCAUUGUGACCGGUUGGAAAGCGGGUUCUGGUUCAACGAAUACACUUCGUGUUGUCAAGCUGGAAGAUGCAGAAACUAAACCAAUAGUUAAGGUGCCAAGUAUCACUCAUUUUGAUGACUAA